AUGUCUGCAACAGACGAGCUUAGUGGGAUACUCUCGAGGAGGCAGGAGAUCAAUGACAAACUGGAGGAGGGUUUGGAGGUUAAGCCGAAAUAUAAAUUCGUAAACGUCUAUACGGAAUUUCAUGAGUUCUCCAGGAAGGAAAUAAAACAAUACGAGGAGACCUUCAACAAAUUCGAUGAAGGUCGCGACGGUUACCUUGACUUGACCGAAGUCAAACGAAUGAUGGAGCGCUUGGGAGCACCACAAACUCAUCUUGGACUGAAAGCUAUGAUUUCGGAAGUCGACGAGGACGGAGAUAACAGAAUAAGCUUCCGAGAAUUCUUACUCAUUUAUAGGAAAGCCCGCGCCGGGGAACUGGAGACAGACUCUGGUUUAGACGCAUUUGCACGACUGACAGAAAUCAACGUAGACCAAGUUGGAGUGAACGGAGCCAAGACGUUCUUCGAAGCUAAGAUCGAGGAACUCGCUAAAAGCAAUAAGUUCCACAAUGAAAUAAUCCAAGAACAAGAGGAGAAACGUCGAGAGGCCGAAGAAAAGGCGAUGCGGAGGCAAGCAUUCAAAGAAAAAGCAGCUGUAUUUCAAUAA